CCGGCGUAAAGCAAAACUAAAGAAGAAGAUAUUAUCUUAGGAGUGGGACGUUAUCAUCAUCAACCAUGGUAAGAGACUACUGGUGUAAAUAUAGCUUGUAUUAUAAUAGAUAACGAAAGUUUUCUCCACAGACUAUGACACACUUUCGAGGUCAGAUACGGGGCCCACACUGGGGCCCUACAAUGGACAACAUGCUGAUAGAUUUCUGGCGCAAACAUGACUGCCUUUUUAAUUCCUCGGUCGAUUCUUACUAUGACAAGGAUUUGAAGACCAAGCUAUGGACCGAGUUCGCGUUGUCCAUCGGAAAGCCUGUAUCUGAUGUCGAGAGAAGAUCCAGGUCGCUCCGGACUCAGUACGGGAGGGUGCUAUGGCAUCCGGAGAGGGUCAGCACUUUCCAGCAAAAGAUGCUUAGAGAGAAACUUGAUUUCUUGAGGCCUUACAUAGUUCGCAGGCGAGGCGAUUCAUAUCUGGAGGACGAGAAGUUUGAUGAUCGGGAUGACGAUGACGAGGAGUUGGAGACUGAAGGAAGCAUUGACCACGAGAUGGGAAGCUCAUUUGGUAGCCCACUGGAUGCUGAUGUGACGGGGCAAGAUCUAGAUGAUGAACCCCACCCGGCCUCCAGCCUGAACCCUGCUCCACUGCACUUUCCAAACCCGCCGCCUCAAGUUACAGAUGUCAUGUCUCUGAGCUGUCCCCACCGCCACAACGACGAGGGUUCUACUGAUCAGCCUGCCCAAAUAGCUGCACCAAACAUAUCCAAACACAACAUAUUAAACCAGUUUGCAGAGGUUAUGUUGGCCGACAUGCGUCAGAUUAAAGACCCUAUGGUGCUAAUGAGACUUCGCCGAGAUAUCACCGACCUGGUGUUCAAAGCAGUGGAGGAGGACGUGCAGAGACAAUGCAAUCGAGUCCCGCCCAUGACUAAACCGGGGGAGAGAGUGCAGUUCCACAGCUGCUCCACGCCCCAACAGGCAUCCUCACAAACAAACUACUCUUGGAGGCAGAGGUUUCUGAAGAGAAGGAACAAGGGUUUUGAGAUUGGAAGGAGGAUACAGAGAUGGGAGGAGAUGAAACAUGUGAGGCGAAUGUCCAGGAGUCAGUUGGUGCAGCCCGGCAUCCAGCAAGGCCCAGCGCUGGAGGGGAUGGGUGAAAACAGCUCUCCGGUUAUUAUUCAAGCUUCUGAGAUCAAAAGAGAGACAGAGCCUGGGAACAUGGUUAAGAUUGAAGAGGAGACACUUUUAUCUGCUUGACAUUUUUGAUACAGGGUUGCCACUGUUUUCCCUGAUUACAGACAUCUCAGUCAGUAAGACUUGGAACAUUUAAAUCAGUCAUUCAACAGUAAAUGAUAACAGUAUCAAACAGAUACUGACAAGUAUUGGUCUUGUAAAUGAUUCACCAGACAGAAGUCCUGACAUUGUAACGUAUUAGCACUUAGUAGAACUAUCUAGAGAAUUUCGAUCCAUGUUGAAAAGACAAUGGGAAUAGGAUAAAUAGGUAUCGGAAGACUUAGGACACUACAAUACCAAGGACAGCAUAUAACAGAAAUCAAAGCAGAGAGACUUUUAUGCUUUUUCAAACACAAGAUGUCUAGUUUCUAAUGGAUUACGCCUUUCAAAACAAUUCAGACUAAUUGAUAGUUGGUCUGUAGUAUAUAACAUUGUUUUUUAACAUGGGAGUAAGUUUUAAGCCCAAAACGUGUUACGGAUCAUUCUAAGCUGUAAGCACAAGGCAAUGGAUGCUGUAUGACCCAACUCAAAUAGAUGACGCUUGAUGCAUUUCUUUGAUGUUCUGCUCCUAUAAAAAAAGAAAAUAUUUGUUUUCACUUUGUGUGUGUGUGUGUGUGUGUGUGU